AUGGGGAACUGUGCCUCCAGUGACCAGAGCCAUGUGAGUCAUGAGCGUGCCUUUCCCAUGUGGGUGGUGAAGGUAUCGGACGCGAUGGCCAUGAGCGGAGUGCCACAGCCCCACGAAGUUCUUCAAGCUUCUGGACUGCUCGUGAAGCACCGGCCAGGCAUGUUCUGCAUCUUCGUGUCCCACCAGUGGCUGAGCCGGCAUCAUCCAGACCCUACCGGAGCUCAGCUGAAGGUCCUGCGGCAGGUAUUGCUUGGCAUCACCAGCGGUUCCAUGGCCUUGCAGUCUGACAUCGUCACGCAAUUCUACAAGGGAAAUCGCAAGAUGCUCCGGGCGGAACGCGAUCAGAUCCUGCAAGGGUACCUAUGGCUGGAUUGGUUCUCGGUGCCUCAAGACCCGGACUCAGCAUCAGAAAGGCGCCAGGCAGUGCAGUCGAUCCCAUCUUAUGUGGACGUUUGCGGUGCCUUUGUUGCCUUGGUUCCAUGCCUGCACCACCAUGAUUCCGGCUCACUCUGCGAUUUCGAGACGUGGUUGCACCGUGGUUGGUGUAGGUGCGAACUGUGGUGUUCGCAGCUCUCCAACCACAGCCGACUGCCCAUGAUCACAGUCAAUGGUCCCAAUGAUGCGGAGUUUGCCAUGCCGAAAGACUGGGUUUUUGCACCAGCGGACGAGGGUGAGUUCACGGUCGAGGAGGACCGGCUUGCCAUCAAGGACGUUGUUCAGGUUUCUCUGCAAGCACGAGUGUCAUUCCUCGACAAGCAUGGAGAAGAGCCUGGAUUGUGCAGAUUUCUCAAAGGACUACGUGCGAAGAAAUUCGGACAAGCCAGCUCAUGGCCUUUAGACUAUUUCCUGUCGUAUUUUGGCUUUCCAAACUUGCAGACGGCAGUGAAGAUCAAAGACAUGGGCGCGUUACACUGCGCAGCUAUCCUGGAUGAACCUUCUCUUAUGCGCCCGCUGGUAGAGGCAAAAGCUUCCGUGGGAGCGAAGUGCAAGAGCAUACUCACCAUGGACAUCUUGAGAUUUGCCCCUCUGAUUCUGGCAAUUCAGUUGAACAGCCUGGCAGCUGCCAAGGGGCUUCUCAUGCUUCGAGCUGAUCCGAAUUCCACCUGCCCAGAGGGUCUUCCUCCCCUUGGGCUUUGCAGGAGUGCCGAAGCGGUAGAUUUCCUGCUGCAGCACAGAGCGGAUGCUAAUCAGCGCGUGGCUCCGCACAUGAUUAGCCCAGUGGCGUAUGUUUGUUCCAGGACUUCGCCAGUCGAGGUUGUGGCUCGACUUCUGGAAAGACGGGCGAACGUGAACGACUCUCACGGCGGUCACUCCAAGUCGCCCUUGACAUGCACGACACUUUUUUCUAAGGCCACUCCCCGGGUGAGCCUCGCUCAUGCUAAGUUGCUGCUCGAUGCGAGGGCGGAUGUGAACCAGCCGGGCUGCACGACGGGCCUAUUCCAGAUGCUGGAGCUGGGCUCGAGGUUGGCAAACUGCUGUGGGAUGGAUGGGCCCCUGCUCCGAUACCUGGCCGAGUCCAGCUCAACUCCCUUAGGCUUCGCAGCUCUGCUGAACAAUCGUCCUUUGGCGUCUCUGCUGCUGGCAGCCAGGGCUGACCCGGACAUCCCCAACAGCCGUGGCCACAGCCCCAGGCAAAUGGCCAGCGUGGAGAUCCGACAGCUCUUUGACGAGCCCCUUGCUCUCAAGGAGGACCCAGAAGACCCAGUGGUGGUGGAAUCUUUGUGA